AUGGCGGCCGCAUACCUGUCGCCCGGGGUUCUUGUGCGGAGAGGAGCCAGGGCGGUGCCCGGUCCAGUCCUGGGCCCGUGGUACGCGCCAGGUGAGUGUCCCAGCCCCGCGCGCGGCGGCGCCGCCAAGCGGAAGAAGAAGCAGCGGCGGAACCGCACCACGUUCAACAGCAGCCAGCUGCAGGCGCUGGAGCGCGUGUUCGAGCGCACGCACUACCCCGACGCCUUCGUGCGGGAGGAGCUCGCCCGGCGCGUCAACCUCAGCGAGGCGCGCGUCCAGGUCUGGUUUCAGAACCGCCGGGCCAAGUUCCGCCGAAACGAGCGGGCCAUGCUGGCCAACCGCUCCGCCUCGCUGCUCAAGUCCUACAGCCAGGAGGCCGCCAUCGAGCAGCCCGUGGCUCCCCGGCCCACCGCCCUGAGCCCAGAUUAUCUCUCCUGGACAGCCUCGUCCCCGUACAGCACGGUGCCGCCAUACAGCCCUGGAGGCUCAGGCCCUGCGACUCCGGGGGUCAACAUGGCCAACAGCAUUGCCAGCCUCCGUCUCAAGGCCAAAGAGUUUAGCCUGCAUCACAGCCAGGUGCCCACGGUGAACUGACAGCCAGCCCCACCAGGACCCCGCUGCUUCCCUGGUCUACCAGCAACAGAAAAGAGGGCAGACAUGCAGUAAAGUGAACUUCUCCUGUCCCCUGUCUCCAGGACAAGCUGAGUGGGCUCUCCUGGUCCCUCUUUCCAGCCCAGACUCCUGGGCCCAAGAGGCUGCUAAGAUGCCUGGAGCCCGGCUCAGCCCCUCAUUCACGGCCGCUGGAGACCUCAGCCCACAACCCUUGGAGGGGUUAGGCCAGAAGGCUGGAGCAGCAGCUCACCAAGGACCUCAUUUAUUUUGUGUAUUAAAACCAAAAAGCUGUCGUCUUUAAGAAAUAAAAAAAUUUAAGCCCCA